CCGUAGACUCUAUAGUACGGGGUGCGAGUGUCUUGCCGAGGCGUCAGGCCUUCUGUCAGCCGUCUGCUUCGAGAUGCCUUCCACAGUGAUUCUCAUUACCUGCGUCCUUCUGCACGCAUCGGUAUUGGGAGCACGCUUACCGCCGUCCGUUGGUCAGAACACGGUAUCUGCUGGCGACGACUGCUCGCCGAAGCCGCAAGGAAGGAACAUCGGCGAGCGAGCGACUUGCACGUCCACGAGCAGCGUCGACGUGGACGCGACGAGGAUCCCGGCCGAGCUGCCCUCGGUGAAGUGCAACUGCCCGGGCAGCCUGUGCAGUUCCAAGGGCGACUACCGUUGUCAAGAGGUCAGGAGCACAUUUCGCGUGGCCUAUCGGGACGGCGACAGCGGCUUGGAGCUCGCCAACGGGACGGUGGAGCUGACCACGUCGUGCGUGUGCGCCGUUGGCCGGACGGCCCCUGCUGGCUCCGGAGGCGGAGUCACGACGUCCAACGUCGACAAAGAGCCGGUCUAGAGAGAGCAUCGAGCUCCAAGGCCUCGAACCGACUGGAAUUUCGACUCGAAUGGCGUGUCGUC